AUGCAGGCCGCCGUUCCGGCGGGGCUCUCCGCCGGCGACGCCUUCGUGGCGCAGCUUCCGGACGGGCAGCAGAUUCAGAUGACGGUGCCGCCGGGCGCCACCGCCGGCCAGCAAAUCAGGGUGGUGGCGCCAGAGCCGGUGCAGGCGUACCCGGUUGUCACCGCAGAGCCCGUCGUGCGCCCCGUGCAGGCCGUGCCUGGAUACCAGUCACACCAGGUCGCGCCCAUGCCCGGGUACCUGGCCCACGACGUGCACGUGAUUCCGCCCGCAUCGGUGGUGCCGCAGCCGAGGCCGACAGCCGAGUAUGAGGGGCCACGCGGCGGCUGCUGCGAGCCCGGCGGCUGCUGCGGGCCGCCCACCCCGCCGACGCAAGACAUCGGCCCCGACGGCCAUGUGUCCAUCCUGCGCGUGAAGUAUACCGACGCCGACUGCUGCAGCCACUCGCUGCCCUUCAAGGCCGAGUUCAUGAACGCGUGCCCUCCGCAGCUCCGGCAGGCCGGCGUGACGGACGGAGAGUGGGCGCACUGGGCCGGGAGGCUGUACAAGGAGGUUAAUCUGAUCAAGCCUCAAAAGUGCAGCUUCAUCUGCUGGGCGAGCUUAGUCGUGAUGCUCGCCACGCUCUGCCUCAUCGCGCCGCUUUGCUGUGCGGAGCACCGCAAGACCAUCAUGGCUUGGGACGCCGCCUUCCGGAGUUGGCAGGCGGAGUUCAACGCGCAGGUGCUCCAGCCGAAGGGCAUCUUUUGCAAGAGUCAAUCGCUCUGCUGGGUGACGCGCGGGCCAAAGGGGGAGAAACAGCGUCACUACCACAGGUGGAUCGCGUUCGCCUUUUCGGCCGACGCCGUCGGCAACCUCAUGCACCAGCCCCACCUCAUGGGCGACAUCGAGUCGGGCUGCUGCGGCGGCCCAAACGAGUUCGAGUGCUGCAUGCAUCCGUGA